AUCCCCCGUUGUCUUCUAGCUGCCACUGUCAUCCACGUGCUUUUCAAGGCCGACGUCUUUCGGAGGCUGCCGCUGUUGCUGCUGAUCGUCCUAUUGCUCCUCCUCCUGGUUGUCUUCCACGUGUGCAUCCUCGGCAGCCUUCCGCGACAUGGUCGCAGAAGGAGGUCUGUGAAGAACAACGACAGAAUGGAGGGCCGACAGGCAAUCAGCGGGUCCGCAGGGGAGCGCGGUGGGCGGUGGUCCGAGCACAACCCGUCGAAUAGUCUAAGGCCGUCGGAGCAGUUCGGGUACGCGCACCUGCCACCGCACUUGCAACCUCUACCUGACACGGACGACGAGGAAGGGGAUGAUAGACGGUCACGGACCGUGCCGCUGGGAAGCGGAUCCACCCAGGAGUGGGCGGCUACAGAGCUGUUUGGAAGCCGCGACGGCGGUAAAGGGCAGUCGUACACCGAACUCCUCCAGCAGGGGCUCAGCAACAUCGAUGGCGAUGGCGGCGUGAAUCUGUCGUUUGGACUCGGCAGCGGGAGGUCGGCAGCCGUCUCUCGAACAGUUGUCGUAAGCCCCCAUCCCGACGACGAUGGCGGCGACGUGACGGCUGUUCAGCGAUCACCCAGGUCUCCAGCGCCGCUGCGAGAGGCUUCGGGGAACAACAAGGAUCCUCCUAGGCAGCAAUUUCGGUCGUCGUCUGUGUGUAGGGGUGCCUCCGCUCGCCCCCAGUGGAUGCAGUCUCCGUCUCCCCUGUCCGCCACCUCGAGUGCAGGCCGCCGUGUUGGCGAGUGUAGGGAGACGGCGCCUGCCGUUGCUGAUGUUGGUGAUGCACGUGACGGAAGGGAGCUGUGGCCAGAACAGCGACUGUUGAUGAGGUCGGGGCGGGAGGAGUCCAUAACUCGGGGGGUGCAUCGAUUGCGUGUUGGGGAAGACGGGCACGACGGCGAGGACGCAGUGGGGGACGCACACGACCCCGACUGGAACGACAACGACGCUGAAGGUGGGGAGGACGACGCAGGCUACAUUUCGCCGUCGAAGCAGGCGGCCGCUAUGGGAGGGAAGGGCGGGAAGACGAAGUCGUGUGGCGGUAAUGGUCGUCGGGGCAAAAGGACGGCAGGCAAGGGCAGCGAUGCCGAAGGUGACGUCGAUGGUGAAGGAGGUCGUCACUUCUGGUCCGUCGACGACAUUAUAGCCCUCAUCCAGGCUAAACGUUAUCAGGAUGCGCAUUUGCAGGGGAUGGGCCACGCGUACGCUCGGAUGAAGCCGCUAGAAUGGAAGUGGCUGGAUGUGGCGACGAGGUUGAAGAAGGUGGGCGUCGACAGAGAGGCCGAUCGGUGCGGGAAGAAGUGGGACAAUCUGAUGCAGCAGUUCAAGAAGGUUCAUCAUUUCCAAGGACUGUCCGGGAAACAGGACUUCUUCCAAUUGUCUGGGAAGGACAAGAUGUCGAAGGGCUUCAGUUUCAAUAUGGAUCUCGUCUUCGGCGACAUUCUCCUCGGCGAGCACGUGUUUUCGCCCGUCGUCUUCACCGCCAUCGUCGCGUUUCCAAAGGUCGUCGCCUUCGUCGUCCAGAUUGUCAUCGUCACCGCGGGUGCGUCUUGCGCCAUGUCCUCACGCGGUUCCGCACGCGGCAAGGCCGCCGCCAACCUCACACAACAACCGCCGACUCGGGAGAAGAAGGGCCGCCACAUGGCCAGCAAGAAGAGGAAGAUCCUCGAAGGCGCCCCGGCACAUGGAGGUUACGUGCUGGAUGAAGAGUGGGUGCCGGAGGACGUGGCGACGCAGGAGGGGACGGAUUUUGAAGACUCUGACGACAUGCCGUUGCAGCGGAAGUCGUCCAAGCGGGGGAGCGAUGUCGCGGGGGAGGGGGACGACGACGAGGCAUUGGUGAACAGGCUGCGCCAGCGGAAUACGCGGGAAGGAAUGGAGGCGGCAACGAAGCUGUGGGUGGAUGACCUCCGCUUCUGGAAUGAGAGGGAGGGAUUUGCCAUCGUUAAGUUGAUCGCGGAGGCGCGCGGUUAUCUUGUGGCUGUGGCGCGGGGAGAACAACCUCCGCCCAUUCGUCGUAGCAUCGUCUUGCCUCACAACAGCAUCCCGCAGCACAAGAUCGCGGACGAGUCAGAGUUAAACGCUGCGAAGGAGAGGGCGGUGAAGGUUCAGGGGAUCGCUUUGCGGGUGAUACACGGGUGGGUCUUCAAGUCUCAGAACAGGCAAAGGGGGUACCACGCGGCGUACCAGUAUGCACUCAACCACGCAGCCAUCGACAUCGCUCGCGCGAUGUGGAUGGGGGAGGACUGGCGUUAUUGUGUGAGCCCGAUGGUCGUCCACCACACGCUCGACAUGGAUAUGAAGUUGCCUUUGUGGUUCGUGGGCGCCGACGUCGAAGACAGGCACGAGGACGACGGCUUGGCGGCUUAUCAGGAGGUGAGCAUCCAGCGACUGGUGGGGGCUUUCACGAGCGCCGUGAUCAUUGUGGAGGCGAUGGACGGCGACCGUGUAUCGCACGAAAGGUUGAAGACCAUGGCCGAUGCGAUGCAGAUGAUGCGCGCGGCGACCAUGUGGCUCAUGCGGAUGGCGGGUGACGAUCAUCGUGCGCAUUACGACACCUGGGUCUUCGUCCAACUCACGGCGAAGCCGACGCUCGUCGCAUCCAUGCAUCGCUGCUUUGACGCACGUCGACACAUCGUGCAAGCUGCGACCGUCAUCACCGACAAGUUGGCGAGUCCCCCCAUCACUUUGAUCGACCCUCCAAUUUAUGUUCCCGAUUGGGCGUCCAUCGGUGUGUAAUUAUUGUAUGUUUUUGUCAUGGUUUACUUUUUUUUUUUUUUUUUCUUUAAUCUGUUGCGGGUCUUAACAAAUCGAUGUUCGCGUC